GUCGUCUGCACCGUUCAAAUUCUAACCUCUUUCAUUCUACAUUGGUUGAAAACUAAAAGUGUGUUAAACCAUUGUUAAACUUAUCUCUUUUUAUAAGGGGAAAUGGAACACAAUUUUAUUCCUUGUUCCAAAUGGAUUAAACGUGGAGUUGCAAAAGCAAAACCUGAAGUGGUACAGCUCAGUAAAGAUGAAUUAAAGGGACUGGUUGAUAAAGCAAAAAGUGACAUUUUAGGUUUUGCUGGGAGUGUGAAAAAUGCGGAUAAAACUGACGUGCCUCAGAACACAGAUGAAGACCAGUUCGGCAUGGAGGAUUACGAUAAAGAUGAUGAAAUUGAAGAUUUAGCUGGUAUCGGAGGACUGAUAUCUUUGGACGAUGAAGAUCUUGAUACGGAAGAACAGGAAGGAGAAGAAAAUGACUCAGAUAAAGAAGAUGACGAAAUCAAACCAAACGAUAACUUGAUAGCGGUUGGUCACGUUACUGGCGACAUAAGUGUCUUGGAAGUUUAUGUAUACAACGAGGAAGACAAUGAUUUAUACGUUCACCACGAUAUAGUCCUUCCUACUGUUCCGUUGGCCUUAGAAUGGCUGAGUAAUAUUCCAGGAUCACCAUCAUCAGGAAACUAUCUUGCAAUGGGUGGAAUGACCCCGGAAAUCACAAUCUGGAACUUAGACCUGGUGAACAUUCUGGAGCCAACUGUUAAGCUCGGUCGUUUCUCCAGGAGGAAGAAAGAUCGACACCGCAAUCACGGACAUCGAGAUGCUGUACUGGACCUCGCAUGGAACACUAAAAUGCCACAUAUUUUGGCAAGUGGUUCAGUUGAUCGGACAGUUCUUCUAUGGGACCUCGCCACCGCCAAAGCUGCUACUCAGUUUAAGGAUUUUGAAGAGAAAGUACAAACGCUACAGUGGCACCCAACAGAAGUUAACAUACUCAUGGCUGGAUCGUGUGACUGUAAGUUGAGAUUGAUGGACUGUCGUCUGGAGGAGGUUCUCAUCACGGCUACGGUAGACGGAGAAGUAGAGAAGACAGCUUGGCACCCCACAAAUCAGUUCCAUGCUUUGGUUGGAACUAGCAAUGGCACAUUAUGUGCUGUGGACUGUCGCAACGGCAGCGUCGUCUGGCAAGUAAAAGCUCACAAUAAGGAAAUAACAGGCCUGGUUGUUGUUGGCGGUGACAGCAUAACAACGUGUUCUACGGACGAAACCGUGAAAGUUUGGAGUUUGUUGGAGAGUAAUCCUCAUUUGAAGCAGACUAAACAGACCAACAUGGGCGAACUACACUGUCUCAGUUUGUGUCCUGACAAUCCCAACAUAAUAUGCAUUGGCGGCAGCAAAAAAAGCUGCAACUUCAAGGUCAUCAAUCUAUCCACAGAUAUGCAACCAGACGCUGAUGAUGGUGACAUGGAUGUGGAGGGGGAUGCAAACAUAGACGACGGAACGUAACAAUCACGUACUCAUUAUUUGUUACUAAAAGUUUUGUAAAA